CACUCCGCUAUCGCCACUGCACUCACACGCCGCUCGCAAGUCAGAAGAUGCCAAGACAAGUAAACGCGGAGCGGAGCAACUCCGGAUGAGGCCUCUUUGGAGCACUACGCUACACUCGUGAACAUGGGCGUUCGUCAACCCAUAUAGUGCGCCGCGGAGCGCUACCAAGACCCCACGGCUCCCCGCUCUUCACAAUGUCCAUCGAUCUCAAGCGCACAGCCUCUCACGACGAGAAGCUUCAAGUCGACCUCCGCACUGAGGUGGAGCAGUGGGUCGACGGCCUCACCGACGACGAGUUUGCCGUCGAGCAGCGCAAGCUCCUGCGCAAGAUCGACACGCGCCUCCUGCCCACUCUCUUCGUUCUCCUCAUUCUCAACUACCUCGACCGUAACGCGCUCGCCGCGGCGCGCGUCCAAGGCCUCGAGGCCGACCUCGGACUGCAGGGCAACCAGUUCAAUAUUGCCAUCUCCAUCCUCUUCGUCGGCUAUAUUCUUGGCCAGAUUCCCUCCAACCUUAUCCUCAGCCGCGUCCGACCCUCGAUCUACCUCUCCCUCUUCGUCGCGCUCUGGGGCAUCGUGUCGACGUGCACGGCCGCUGCACAGAACUUCACCCACCUCGUCGUCAUCCGCUUCUUCCUCGGCGUCACCGAGUCGCCCUACUUCCCGGGCGCCCUCUUCCUUCUCUCGUCGUGGUACACGAAGCGCGAGCUCGCAUUCCGCACAUCGGUGCUGUACACUGCGUCGCUGCUGUCGGGCGCGUUCGGUGGGCUCAUCGCGGCCGGCGUUCAGAGUGGAAUGGACGGCGUGCGCGGUCUCGCGUCUUGGCGCUGGCUCUUCAUCCUUGAGGGCGGAAUCACCAUCUUCGUAGCUGUCAUCUCAGCCUUCGUUUUGCCAGACUACCCCGGGACGACCCGCUGGCUCAGCGACAAAGAGAAGGCGCUGGCCGUCGCGCGCCUGCAGCGCGACACGGGCGUCGUCGAUGCUGAGACUAUGAGCCUCUUCCAGUCCUUCCUCGCCGCCGCGACAGACUACAAGCUCUGGAUACUCGCCCUCGUCAUCAUCACCAAGACCACGGCUGGCGCCGUCACGCAGUUCAUUCCGACCGUCGUAAACACGUUCGGCAUGGACAAGGUCCUCACCCUCGUCCUCACGGCCCCGCCGUACCUCUUCGCAGCCGCUCUGUCCCUCUGGAUCAGCUGGAGCUCCGACCGCCGCCCGGAGCGCUGCUUCCACCUCCUUACCCCGCUUCUCUUCGGCAUGGUCGGCUUCGUCGUGGCUGCCACGACGCGCGGCACCGCGCCACGGUACGUCUCUCUCUUCCUCAUGGUAGGAGGCAUGUUCGGGAGCUACAACGUCGCGCUCGCGUGGAUCUCGAGCACUUUCGCACGCCCCCGCGCCAAGCGUGCCGCCGCGUACGCGACGAUCAACAGUCUCGGCAACAUCGCCCAGAUCUGGUCGCCGUACCUCUACGACAAGAAAUAUGGACCCAAGUAUACACUCGCGUUCAGCGUGAACGCGUGCAUGGCGGCUGCGAGCGUGGCGUUCUGCCUGCUCUUGCGGUUCUGCCUCGCGCGCGAAAACAGGAAGAUGGAGGCGCUGGAGGAAGACCCCGAGGCGGAGAAGCGCAUCCGGUAUAUUCUCUAAGGAGAGUGCCGAGUACAUGUGGGGAACGAGGAGAUCAGAAGAAUGCAUGAGUAGGCUAAACUGUCGAGCCUUCGAGCUGUCGAGGCGACGCGAGGAGAGCAGUCACGCGCGUGUCUCGGGGGGGGGCAUGUGAUCGUCAAGCUCUGUGGAGCCAUAUGGUGGAGACCAGGGCGCGUCUAAUGAGAUCCACGCGGUAUGGGGCUGCGUUCAGUUCAGUGGCGCGGGUGGUCAUGCCAGACGGCAAGGAUCAAGGAGCAAGUACCGGGCCGUGUGCAAGCGGCCUCACCUAUAGCUGACAUGCGGAUGCUGUCGACAACGCGCAAGUUGGUUCCACCGACCGGAGCCACGUUUCCGACCUACUUGCCACCCAACUGCGGCCUCCGUCACCGCUCCGCCCGAAGACCCGAACGCCCGAAGG